CGCUGAGUUCAACCCAUCCAAGCGGCCGGGGCGAAGCGCGCAGAAAGGCGGCGAGAGGGCGCUCCAGGUCCGGCCUGCGAGGCGAAGCGAGGCGUCCUGCACCGGGUCCUCCCGGGUCGCUGGGAGGCAGGCGAGCGCCCAACCGGCCAGCCCGCCCCGGAGAAAGAGCCGCAGCGCGGAGGAGCUGCCCGCUCGCCAUGCCCUACGCCAACCAGCCCACGGUGCGCAUCACGGAGCUGAGCGACGACAACGUCAAGUUCAUCAUCGAGAACACCGACCUGGCAGUUGCAAAUUCCAUCAGGAGAGUCUUCAUAGCAGAAGUUCCUAUCAUAGCUAUAGACUGGGUUCAGAUUGAUGCCAAUUCAUCCGUGCUACAUGAUGAGUUCAUCGCACACCGAUUAGGUCUGAUCCCACUUACCAGUGAUGGUGUGGUUGAUAAACUGCAAUAUUCCAGGGACUGCAACUGUGAUGAAUUUUGUCCCGAUUGUUCAGUGGAGUUCUCUCUCGAUGUCCGAUGUAAUGAAGACCAGACACGGCAUGUCACAUCUCGGGACCUGAUCUCCAACAACUCCCAAGUUAUACCGGUGACAUCCAGGAGAAGGGACAAUGACCCCAAUGACUACGUUGAACCAGAUGACAUCCUGAUUGUCAAGUUACGGAAAGGCCAAGAACUAAGGCUCCGAGCCUAUGCCACGAAGGGUUUUGGCAAGGAGCACGCCAAGUGGAACCCCACAGCAGGCGUGGCCUUUGAGUACGAUCCAGACAACGCCCUGCGUCAUACAGUCUACCCCAAGCCUGAGGAAUGGCCGAAGAGCGAAUAUUCUGAAAUCGAUGAAGAUGAAGCCCAGGCACCCUAUGAUCCUAACGGGAAGCCAGAAAGGUUUUACUACAAUGUGGAGUCCUGCGGUUCUCUGCGUCCCGAGACCAUUGUUCUCUCUGCCUUAUCUGGGUUAAAGAAGAAGUUGAGCGACCUCCAAACCCAGCUGAGUCAAGUGAUCCAGAACGAGGUGCUGACUAUCAACUGAUCCUAGUUGACUGCUUGGCAACAACCCUGAUUUCUGAGAAAUGAUAAAGGCAGCUGAGAUCACAGGAGGGCCCGCCGAAUCCGAUACUCGGUGUUUUUCUCUUGCUAACUUUGAGUCAAAACAGGUUUUCUUCCAAAUCGGCAUUUUUUUUUCUCAACCUCAGCCAUUUUAAAAUAUAGGGACUUCAAAUCCCAGAAUUCCCUAACCAGCAUGCCUAGACUGCAACUCCAUGUUGGCUGAGGAAUGCUGGGAGUUUGAACUACAUACAUCUUAAAGUCAUUGAAGUUGAGAAACUCUUAAAUUGAAAAAAAAAUUAGCUCUUCUAAAUUGCAUUCAGCAUUCUCUAACAAAAUAUGGGCCUUAGGUCAGAGAUGUCCAACCUUGUCAAUUUUAAGACUUGUGGACUUCAACUCCCAGAAUUCCCCAACCAGCCAUGCUGAAGCCCACAGAUUUUAAAGUUUUGAAUUGAAUUGAAGCCCACAGAUUUUAAAGUGGCCAAGGUUAGACACCCCUGCCUUGGAUGUAAGAAUAUGCAGCUUGAGAAUAAAACCAUCAACCUUAUCUCUUGUUUCCUGUUUUGUUGUAUCUUUUGAGAUCUUGAAUGAGAGCUCUCCAGUUUGAAGAAAGUCCGUGUUACACAAGAGAUUUUUGUUUAUUACAUAAUAAAAAAUAAUUUCUGCUUUGAGAAAGAGGUGUCUGCAUUUUUAUUUUUUUUCUUCCAGCUCAGAACAUACUCCAGAGUUUGAUAGAAUCUGUGCAAGGAUAUAUAUAUAGAAUAUCUUCCCUAUCAAUUGCACUUUAAAUAAAGAUUUCCUUUCCUCAGCCUCAAUUUUGAUAUGAAGCAGAGAUGGUUGUUUUGAGGAUCAGGUGAAACCAUAGGUAUAUGAAUCUAGGAGAGGCUACUUACAACCAUUCAUUUAGUCACCUUUUGAAGGGGCCUCUGGUGGCUCAACAGACUAAUGCAGUCUGUUAUUAACAGCAGCUGCUUGCAAUUACUGCAGGUUCAAGUCCCACCAGGCCCAAGAUUGACUCAGCCUUCCAUCCUUUAUAAGGUAGGUAAAAUGAGGACCCAGAUUGUUGGGGGCAAUAAGUUGACUUUGUAUAUAAUAUACAAAUGGAUGAAGACUAUUGCUUGACAUAGUGUAAGCUGCCCUGAGUCUUCGGAGAAGGGCGGAAUAUAAAUGCAAAUUUAAAAAAAGGUUUACAACAGCACUGAAUCAAAAUAGAGUUGGAAGGGACCUUGGAGGUCUUCUAGUCCAGGGGUCUCCAACCUUGGUCACUUUAAGACUUGUGGUCUUCAACUCCCAGAGUCCCACAGCCAGCAAAGCUUUUAUUUUACAAGAAGAAUUCUCCACUCCUCCGAAUACAACAAAAUACCUUAUGCCACCAGACUUGAAAUCCUGGGUUUAGAAAAUUUAGAACUCCACCGCCUUCGACAGGACCUGUGUUUAACUCAUAGAAUCAUCUAUUGCAAUGUCCUUCCUGUUGAAAACUUCUUCAGCUUCAAUCACAACAAUACAAGAGCAAACAAUAGAUUUAAACUUAAUGUUAACCGCUUCAAUCUUGAUUGCAGAAAAUAUGACUUCAGUAACAGAGUUAUUAAUGCUUGGACACAUUACCUGACUCUGUGGUCUCUUCUCAAAAUCCCAAAAUCUUUAACCAAAAACUAUCUACUAUUGACCUCACCCAUUCCUAAGAGGUCUGUAAGGGGCGUGCAUAAGAGCACCAGGGUGCCUACUGUUCCUUGUCCUAUUGUUCUUCAUUAUAUCCAAUUAAUAUAGUUAUUAUAUACUCAUGCUCAUAUAUAUAUAUGCUUAUAUAUUAUAUAGUUAUUUCAUGUUAAUGCUCAUAUAUACUGUUAUGACAAAAUAAAUAAAAUAAAAUAAUGGGGUGAGCUCCCGUUACUUGUCCCAGCUUCUGCCAACCUAGCAGUUCGAAAGCACGUAAAAAAUGCAAGUAGAAAAAUAGGGACCACCUUUGGUGGGAAGGUAACAGCGUUCCGUGCGCCUUUGGCGUUGAGUCAUGCCGGCUACAUGACCAUGGAGAUGUCUUCGGACAGCGCUGGCUCUUCGGCUUUGAAACGGAGAUGAGCACCACACCCUAGAGUCGGGAAUGACUAGCACAUAUUGUACAAGGGGGAACCUUUAUCUUUAUUUUAUUUUUUUUAUUUGCAUUUAUAUCUCGCCCUUCUCCGAAGACUCAGGGCAGCUUACACUAUGUUAAGCAAUAGUCUUACUUUUAUAGACAAAACUGUCAUGCUAAAACUAACCACUGGGUGACACCAGGCACUUGUGGAUGAAAAAAUGUCUUUAGUCUAUGGCAGGACAUGAACUAGUAGCUGUAAGUAUAGUAAGACUGCCAAGGUCACAAGCAAACAACCUGCAGUUAGGACCAUCCCUUACAAUAACUAAGCUCAGCUGCCACUCACUCAAUAUUUGGAAAAAAUAGGAAACUAUUAUUAACACAAAUGUUUUGUUGGAAAUACCAAUAAAUUACAGCAACUGGAAAGUCUCUAAACAGAACUUGGCACUUCUGUGUUUAAUGCAGCACAUAAUUUGAUUUUUUAAAUAUAUAUUUGCUAACUUGGUUGAAUUCAGAUGCAUGUCAUUACCAGAUGAAUUGGGGAUUCUGCCUAAAGCUAGAUUAAAAUAUAUGGCUUUGUAUUUCAGCUUGUUUUUAAUCAAAUAUUCUUUUAAAAUAAUGGCUAUGUUGAGCUGAUGCAAGGAUGGAUUUCGCUGUUGAUCGUGAUUACUUCUGUUUUAAAGUGAUUAUUGAUAGUC